AUGAGGCUGGCACUCGGUGUCUCGCGGUCGUCCUCUCUGGUGACGGACCCGCGGCGCUACACCAUCGUCGCUUCCACCUCGACGGCCAUCCCCUCCGGUCGCCCGACCACCGUGACAAUCGGAAAGCGGUGGAGGGAGUACCAGGGGGCCAACAACUGGGACGGCCUCCUCGACCCGCUCGACGACGCGCUCCGGUCCGAGAUCCUCCGCUACGGCGAGUUCGCCCGCGUCGCCUACACCUGCUUCGAUUUCGAUCACUCGUCCCCCACCUACGGCGCUUGCCGCUUCCCCAAGCGCUCUCUCCUCCGCCACGCAGGCAUCCCCGAUACCGGCUACUGCGUCACACGGAACCUCACUGCGACCUCUGGUGCGCGCCUCCCUCGCUGGGCCGAACCUGGAGCCCCCGCAUGGUUCUCUCGCUGCACCAGCUGGAUCGGGUACGUCGCCGAGUGCCAAGACGAGGACGAGAUCGAGCGGCUGGGCCGGCGUGACAUCGUCAUCUCGUUCCGCGGCACGGCCACCUGCCUCGAGUGGCUCGAGAACCUUCGGGCCACCCUCACGCAUCUCCCCUCCGUCGCCGUGCCAGCCGCAUUGGGCUCCGACGCGGCGGAGCCCAUGGUCGAGCGUGGGUUCUGGAGUCUCUUCACCUCCUCCAGUUCAACCAGCUGCAGCCUGCGUGACCAGAUACGCCAGGAAAUACGAAGGCUCAUCGUCAAGUACGGCGGGCGAGGGAAUCCUCUCAGCAUCACGGUAACGGGCCACAGCCUGGGCGCGGCCCUCGCCGUCCUUACCGCACACGACAUCACAACCGCGUUCCAGGAUGCACCGAUGGUCACGGUGGUAUCGUUCGGCGGCCCUCGCGUCGGCAAUGCAAGCUUCCGGCGUCGGCUCGAAGAGAGCGGGAUCAAGGUGCUCCGGAUCGUGAACACGCAGGACGUCAUAACCAAGGUUCCGGGCUUUGUGGUGGAGGACCAGAGCGUGGCGGAGGACAAGGAAAACGGAUCGAUACCCAGCUGGUUACUGUCGAAGACCGGGUGGGUGUACGCCGACAUCGGCAGGGAGCUCCGUCUCCCCGGGCAGCCGACGGCCAAUGUGGUGGCCUGCCAUGACCUGAGCGUCUACCUCAACCUAGUGAACCAGCUCAGUGCUAAUUGCCCCCUGAGAUCGUUAGCCAUGCGAGCAGCAGCCAGCCAGCCAAAAGCAGCGAUAACAAGCAUCGAUCCCAUGCACAUAAACCCGAAAGCAACUUAG